GAAGAACACGAACCGGAAAUUACGGCAGGUCCUUUCCCGACGUAGCUGAGAUAAACAAACAAAAGCAAGGCAUUUUUACACAUUUUAACAGUUUUGUGAUAUUUUUGAGGUACUGUACGUACAGAUAUGCUUAGCGGCAACAAACCGGCCGGCUGAAUAUCUAUUCGCGAAGGCAAAUCAGAGGUAACAUCCUUCUGGCUAAGUUAACUGGAAGGCUACGUAGCUAAGUUGUUAGCUCGACAUGUUUAUUUUAGUGCUUAGACCAAGGAGCGCGACAUGAUGGCGUGAAACUAUUAUUAGCAAACCGCUACACGUUUCGCCGAAAGGUUGUGAGAAACAGGUAAAAACCUGGCUUGAGUUUUAAUCGGAACUGCACUCCGUAAAAUCUCCACAUCUCACCAUGGCGUGGGCUCUGAAACUGCCUCUCACGGAUGAAGUGAUUGAGUCUGGACUGGUCCAGGACUUUGAUGCCAGUCUCUCCGGGAUUGGCCAGGAGCUUGGUGCUGGCGCGUACAGUAUGAGCGAUGUUCUUGCCCUUCCCAUCUUCAAACAGGAGGAGUCCAACCUGCCUCCAGACUCUGACAACGAGAUCCUUCCCUUUCAGUAUGUUCUGUGUGCAGCUACCUCACCAGCCGUUAAACUGCAUGAUGAAACACUCACCUACCUCAACCAAGGUCAGUCCUAUGAAAUUCGAAUGCUUGACAAUCGGAAGAUUGGGGAACUUCCUGAAAUCACUGGUAAAAUGGUGAAGAGUAUUAUUCGGGUGGUGUUUCAUGACCGACGACUUCAGUACACGGAGCACCAGCAGCUGGAGGGCUGGCGCUGGAACAGGCCCGGAGAUCGCAUCCUCGACCUGGAUAUCCCCAUGUCAGUCGGCAUAAUCGACCCCAGGGCUAACCCUACUCAGCUUAACACUGUGGAGUUCCUUUGGGACCCAUCAAAAAGAACCUCAGUUUUUAUCCAGGUUCACUGCAUCAGCACAGAAUUUACCAUGCGGAAGCACGGAGGAGAAAAGGGAGUGCCUUUCCGCAUCCAGAUCGACACGUUUAAAGAGAAUGAAAACGGAGAGUACACAGAACACCUUCACUCAGCCUCCUGCCAGGUCAAAGUUUUCAAGCCCAAAGGUGCAGACAGAAAGCAGAAGACAGACAGGGAGAAGAUGGAGAAGAGGGCACCGCAGGAAAAGGAAAAGUACCAGCCAUCAUAUGAAACCACAAUCUUAACAGAGUGCUCUCCAUGGCCUGAGGUCACAUAUGUCAGCAACUCUCCGUCUCCAGGUUUCAACAGCUCACACAACAGCUUUCCAGUUGCUGAAGGAAAUGGAUCGCCAAACCACCAACCACCUGAGCCUGUUGUUCCGGUAGCGGACAAUUUGUUACCCACGGCAACACCGCAGGAUGCACAGCAGUGGCUUCACAGAAACCGCUUCUCACCCUUCUGUCGACUCUUCACCAACUUCUCAGGGGCAGACCUGUUGAAGCUGACCAGGGAGGAUGUUAUUCAGAUCUGUGGGCCGGCUGAUGGUAUUAGGCUCUUCAAUGCACUGAAAGGACGGGUGGUACGUCCGAGGUUGACCAUCUACGUUUGCCAGGAGUCUCAGCAGGCGCGGGAGCAGCAACCGAAACACGAAAAUGGAGAUGCUGCUGCCAACACUUUCUUUGUAUAUCACGCUAUUUACCUGGAGGAACUCACGGCUGGUGAGCUGACAGAGAAGAUCGCUCAGCUCUUCAACAUCUCGCCCAGACAGAUAAAUCAGAUCUUUAAACAGGGUCCCACUGGCAUUCACGUUCUGGUUAGUGAUGAGAUGAUUCAGAACUUCCAAGAUGAAGUAUGUUUUAUUUUGGACACAAUGAAAGAUGACACAAAUGACGGCUACCACAUCAUCUUAAAGUGAAUUGGGCAAGAAAGUGGCCCAGCCUUCCUCUCUUCUUUAGAUCUGAUCCGAUCAGCCCCUCUACAGCUUCAGACUCCUUGCUGUUCGUGGAAUAUAUGGAAAUGCCCCAAGAAACCCCUUGAGGCAGCAAGGAGGAUCGUGCAACCGAAGCACCUGACCCUGUCUUCACCAAAUACCUUUCUGUCUUACUUUUGUGAGAGUGACUCUGUUACCACAGCGAUUUAACUGCCGCCUCCUCACUCUGCCGUGUUCUCCCUUAAAUGGUUGCGUUUUCCUCUGUCGCUUAUAUCUCAAAAAGAGUAUUGCGGCACUGCAGCUGCUAUUGCCGAUUGUUAUCGCAUCUGGUGUGCCAAAGCCCUGUGCUACAGUCAGCUGUUUGUCAUGUCUUCAAAAAACCAAAAACCCACAAAAAAGGAGAGACGGUUACACCGAGAGCACCUGACUUUCAGUCCGCAAUUCAGCAUGAUUCCUCGUCCUCCUCGUGCUAGAUCGCCUUACGGAGUCCAAGCCAGUUUUCAAGAAACCCGGUACAGCUAACACAAUCACACAUUUGCAUCGAAGAACCACAAGAGGCAUCCAGAUGUGUGGGAAUUGAAGGGAAACUGUUGGAGUCUAGCUGUCCAUCCUGGAUUCCUUUUAAAUGCUAAAAAUGUCUGCCUGUUACUCUGAUUGGAGGGGGGGUAUGGGGGUUUGUCCUGAUCUUCAAACACUCUUUGGUCCUUAUAGUUUGUGUAGACAACAUUCUGGCACAUGUGAUUGUGACAUGAUACAUGCAGUCUGUCUAUGUUAGUGAUCACAGUGGCAACACCAGCAAACUCGUCUUCAUGUGCUUCUUGUCCAACUAUUUAGCGCCCCAGCAUUUCGUUAUGUUUCUUUGUGGCAUUUUUACAACAUUAUUUUUAAGUAGAUCAUUGUUUUAAAAUAGAUCAUGCAUUACUGUUUUUUUUUCUCUUAAUCUUUUUAACAAACUUGCAUCUCUUCAUUGUUGUUUUUUGGAUGCUACCACAUCUGACUGCUAAUGAAUUAAUGGGUUGCUGAGCACACCAGAGCUGCCUGUGAACGGAUAUGAUUAGUUUACGUUUGGUCCUUUGUACUGCUAACAUGAAAUUGAUCGCUCAACGUUUUAGAUAUCCAUCUUUGUCCCAUCUCGUCAGCGUUAUUAAAAUACUUACCCAUCCA